ACUGGCACGGUUACCACUGGCACUGGCAGCAAACGUAUACCUUAGUACUAAUCCAACUCUCCUUGUACUUUGACAUGAGGGCUCUUUUGGUGUUACCUUUUAUUCUGGCCGUUUCUGGGCACGGUGGACAUGGAGAAUCAGAAGGCAACCCCAAGCUCGCUGGUGGAGAAUAUGCCCAAAAGCACAUGGCCACAGAACAUCACAUUGACUCGUUUGACCUCGGAAGCUUCUUCCAAUUGCAUGACCUUGACAGAAACGGUAUUUGGGAUCGAGAAGAAAUAGAAGCUAUAUACGGAGUGCAUCACGUUUACUCACAGAAGAAGUCAAAGGACGAGGCUGAACACCAACAGAAGGCGGACCACAUCGUAGAUACUAUUCUGAAACUCAUAGACAAGAACAGGGACGGCAAAAUUUCUCCAGAGGAGUUUAACGUCGCCGGCCUGAAGGGACUGCCUAACUUUGAGGACCUGGGGGCAGAAGGCCACCACUACGAUGUCGAAAGCGAGUUCUUCUUACAUCAUGAAGAACAAUUCCACUCUACGGAAGAGACGCAGACGGAUGAUUCCUACCACCACGCAGAGGACCUUGAGCACUUCGCGCAGCAUGAAUCUAUCGAACUCCGGGAAGUUGAGAAGGAGGCUAAGUUCCAGGGAAUUUCUGUUGAAGAAGCUUUACGUGCCCACGAUCCCGCUCCUCCUCCCAAUCAAGGUCGUCAACCAACACUCCCUAAGGUAGACAACGCUGAAGGCGAACAGACUAAGGAGGAGCCACCAGUGGAUGCAGCAACUCCGGUUGCUGACGUACCCAAACCUAAAAUCACUCGCGGGACACCACCUGAAAAGUUGGAUCCUAACGUUAGGUACAAGGAUAUCGAUAAGGAAGGCGAAACUCAGGCAGACUGGGGAACUGGAGACGAUGGUUACAAACAACCCAAGUCGCCAGUUGAAAAGAUGAGGAAGAAUCUACCAUACAAGGAACGUAUGCAGUACAAAUUCCGUCGCAGCUGGGGGGACUUCUGAACGGUCUGUCUAUUUUGCUCGUAUUUAUUUUACGACUUUGUGGUGUCUUUGGAGAGACACAUCUACGCUAUACCGAUUUGGUUCUCAAGGAUAACAUAUGUCUCGUCAGCCAAUAUACCAGGUCAGAAAAUGUAUGGAUUAUGUGUCAGUACGUACGGCGUGACAAGAAUGAUGCACUAAUCUACACGUCC